UAACGUAACCUCUAAAUGCAGCCUUCAAUUUGCAGUGUACUCUGCAGUUGUAAAAUAAUCAUUUCAUUCCUGUGCUGUGGUUCUUCAUUAAAUCUAACAUUCCUGUAUCUCUGUUUCAACUUAGCCCGCACCAGUGCUGUGAUGGCAGAGUUUGGGAGGUUUUAUGAGCAGCAGUAUGCCGUGGCUUUGUUCAACAGUGUGCGCUAUGAGAUCGAAGGAGGAGGGAAUACCCAGACACAACUGCUACACAGAAAGGAACCUCUGAAGAACAAGUCCAUCUUCUCUGGAGGUUUGUUUCAGUAUCUGGAAGAGAGCAAAAAAUGGAGGAGCCGCUUUUUGUAUGUGGGCGACUCCUACAACAUCAGCUUGUAUGAGAGCAAAGCGGCACAUGAUCGAGGUAUCCACUCCAAAGGGGUCAUUAACUGUGCCGGGUACAGAGCCCUGACCUCUAUGGAGGAAUACCUGGGACUUCUCAACAAUAGCCUGGGUGAUACAAAGGCCAAAUCAGCCAGCGCCCCGUUUCUGAAGUGCCCCACACAGUUUCCCCUCAUCCUGUGGCAUCCAUACGCCCGCCAUCACUAUUUCUGCGUCAUGACGGAGAAAGAACAGAAGAAGUGGCAUGCUGUCUUCCAGGACUGUGUGAGACACAGCAACAAUGGACUGUCGGAAGAGUGCAAGGUAGCUACACCAGCUUUCACAGACGCCCUGCGACUCUACAGGCAGGCCAAGGGUCACUACGGCACCUGGGACAUGAUGUGUGGAAACCAAGCACAGAUUCUUGCUAACCUGGUGAUGGAGACUUUGCACCCUGAACUGAAGAAUCUGAUCGUACCUCGGCUGAAAGGAAAACUACAGCAGAGACAGAAGGACUGGAUGCUGAUCUCAGAUGCAGUUUACAGACAGGUGCUGUCACAGACAAAGACUCAACACGAAGCUCUGGCUCAAGUAUGUGAGAUGGAGCGCCCCCGUCUGGACUCUGCUCUACGCACAGAUAUGGACCAAAUCAUCACGUCCAAAGAGCACGUUUCUGGAAAGAUCCGUGCAUUGGUUUCACCCCGCAUUGAACAGCUUGUGAGAAGCAAGGUUCAGCCCUACAUCCACUCCAUCCUGGAGGCCCUCAUGGAGCCCACCAGCAGAGGAUUCUCUGAAGUGAGGGACAUCCUCUUCCGUGAGCUGGUGGAGGUCAGCAAGAACACAAUGAACGAUAGCAGCAGGGAGAAACUGGGAGAGCAUAUGGACAAGAUUUCCAUGUUGGCCUUCCAUCCGGUGAAGAUGCAGAAUUGUUAUGAGAAGAUGGAGGCGCUGAACCUUGAAGGUCUCCAGCAGAGAUGUGACGUGUCCAGUCCCUCUGUGUUCAUCCAGAGAGCUCAGAUCCUCAUGAGACAGCAAAUGGACAACGCAGUGCACACGUUUGAGCAGUUGGUCCAUCAGAGUCUAGACGGCCACAGCGGGGAGGAUCUCUGCAAGACCAUCCAGCGCUGUCAGGACCGAGUACUCAAAAAAUAUGACUAUGACAGCAGCACAGUGAGGAAAAAGUUCUUCAGGGAGGCUUUGCUUCAAAUUAUCAUACCGUACAUGCUGAAACAGCUCUCCACAUCGUGUUCGCCGGAUCUGCCCAAAUUCAAGGAGCUGAUCUUUGAGGACUUCUCUAGAUUCAUACUAGUAGAGAGCAUCUUUGAGGAAGCUGUCCUGCAGUCAGUCAGCAAGGACAUCAUGAUGGGUGAGUGUGGGUUCGGUAGAGGGAAGGAACUGUAUGUAGAGAGAAUGGUAUUGACCAACAGUGACCCCAACCUGCAUCUUCUGGGAGAGGACACCAUCGACUGGGCUGGCCAGUUCGGAGGAGUAAAAGGAGAGACGCAAGGUGGCGAAGUGACCAACAGGAAACGCAAACAGAUCGUCUCCAUGAUCCAACUGGACGGGGUGCCUCUGCCAUACGAGUCCUGCCAGGAAGUUCCAGGAGUGGACGGCAUCCCGGAGGAGAACGAAGGGCAGAGAGAACAAGAUCUUGAAACAGAAAAGCCUGUGAACCCAGUACAGCAGGUACCCAUCGAGAAAGAGCCAGGUUCUCCUGAGAGUGUCACUGAGAUUCGAGACCUCAUAAAUCCUGUGCUGGAAGUUGUCGAAAAAGACAGCUCACAGUUGACCAACAGGAUGUUGCCUUUGGAAGAGGGCGAUGAGGUGAAGCACAUCACUACGGUAACAGAGAUAGUGUCAAGGGAGUCGCCAAAAAAGGUUGAGGGAGAAUUAGAUGCCACACAAAUCGAACGGGCUCUAGAAGAGCAGCAGUGUGUAUCUGCCAUUGAAAGCGCCAUUCAACAGAUCGAGAUCGCCAUCCAGGAAGACCCCGGUGAGCACCUGAGCGAAGGCGCCAUUGACUCAGAUGGGGAGUUCGCUCAAACCUCUACCAACUCGAGCCCUCUUCAUCACGAUGACAGUGGGUUUCAGUCUCCAGCCAAUGAGAAUGUAGAAGAAGUGGAGCCUCAGCCUGACACGGGGGACGAGGUAGUGGACGCAGAGCAGGUGAUGUUAACUCUGGUGGAGGGAGUGAAAACUAGCAUUGAUUUAGACACCAAAGCUACUUGUGAUGCUUCAGAAAAGAAAACGGAAGUUGAAACCACAGCAGAUAGAUGCUUGCUCUGAGUGAGAUAGAAGACGUGUUUGCAGAGACACUUUUGUUUGCUUUCCAUCAGCAACACUUUAUGGUUGAUAUUUCAAUCAAGUCGAUGUUUAUUUUAUUUUUUUUAUUUGUUUUAUUUUCUGUUCUUGCAUUUAAUUUAGACAUUUUGUGAAUAUUGAAUAUAGAAUAUUCUCAUACAGUAUAUACACAGAUUUAUAUGACCUUGUGUGCUUUUUUUUUUUUUUUUUUUUUUUUCUUAUGUAACUCAUGACUCCCACACUAAUUAUGUGGCAGAGGUUUCAUAAACUAACUGUCAUAACUUUGACAGUUCCAUUUCAUAGGGGCCAUCUGAAACUUUAGUCUUUUUUUGCCUUCCGUUAAUUGAGGAAUAUAUUCAAACACUAAUUGUACAUUUAUUAAUGCAGCGUAAUUAAGCACUUAAUAACUCUGCAAAAUGCAUUCAAAUAAAUUUAAGCUUGCUUUUUAAUGCUUGUAAACUUUUUUCUUUGUGGUUUAAAAAUAUUUAAAGUGAGCUUAUUUCUAUAGAAUGCUUUAACACUCUGUAAUGUGCGUUUAGUGCUCACUGACAUGCUGUGACCAGAUUCACAUCCUCCACCUGUAAGUGUGUGAAACAUCAUUACCCAUUUGCAGCUAGAGCAAAGGAUUGAAGUAGGUGUAGAAAAAUCCUCUGAGUCAGUUCUGAUCUUAGUUCAGUAGCUUUGUGGAAAUCAUAGAGGAACUUUGGGGAGCUUAACUCAUGAUGCGUGAAUGUGAGGAAUUCUGAGGUGUCGUACAGGACGGGUGGGCAAAGGCUUGCUCUGGCAUGUAACUUCUCAAAACAGUUAAUCAUUACUGGACAUAUUUAUGUUUUAAUGUUUUCUGCUAAUUUUUGAAACGAAGCAACAUAUUUUAGCUUCACACAUAUUUCACUGGUUAUUUUCUGUUAUUUAUUUUAAAAGUGUUGUGAUUAUUUUCUGCAUCUUCUGUUCAUUUUGUAAGGCAGCAAUGGAUAAAUAAAUGACUAUUAUUUUGAAA